GAGGAGGAGCAGUUGUCCGACGGCUACAACAUGACAGUCGUUCAGGAUAAUUCGACCGAGGUUUUCGAUUAUUCAACUCGGCCUAUGAAAGAUGGUCUAAACAGCACACUCCCUUCUUCAACCUACCCUACACCAUUACCUUCCACAAGUCCCUCUACACCCAAGUCAACUAUAAUCGCAGCCUCACCCACUAGUACCCUAUUUGACAAUCCACAUUUCGACUCCAGUCUUCGAAAAUGGGUUUAUUCAUUCGAUGACUUCCUACCGUACCCCUCCGUCUACUUCCCAGUUACAGUCGUUGCAGGAAAGUAUAGACCACGUCUUCGUCUACAACGCAGUCUUAGCGAGGUGUCGGUGUUUAGCCGAGGCGAAAAUCUACCAAAUGGUUAUACACAUAUAGUAGAGGCGCUCCCUCUCGAAAAUGGUCACAUCAUCCGAGUACCUGAUCCAGCUAGCAUCGAUGUUCUAGUCGAAUUCUCAUUUCUGACGCCUCGCCAAGUCAUCGACCACCUAUUCAAAGGCGCUGGCUACUUCCGACGACGUAAACAAGAUGCUUUUCUAUUUACAUGUCCAACUAGUGUAUGA